AUGUCUUGUUCAUGAGCUCAGACAAUGGCUUCUUCUCCUUUGUUCUUUUGUGCUACUCUUUUCCUUUUAUGCAGCUUUGCUAAUGCUCAGCCACCUGCUCUUACUUUAACAAUCGUUAACAACUGUCCUUUCACCAUUUACCCAGCUAUCCAACCCAACGCCGGCUACCCGGUCCUCGAACGCGGCGGCUUUGCCCUUCCAACACUGACCCACCGCUCCUUCCCCGCACCCACUGCCCACUGGUCCGGCCGCAUCUGGGCUCGAACAGGCUGUACCUACGACAACGGCCUUUUCUCUUGUGCCACGGGAGACUGCGGCCACCGCAUAGAGUGCAACGGGCUCGGCGGCGACUCCCCAGUGACGCUGGCGCAGUUCAGCUUCCACCACGGAGGCGAAAAGGACGUGUCUUCCUACGAGGUCAGCCUCGUGGACGGUUUCAACGUCCCCAUGACGUUGACACCGCACGAGGGCAAAGGCGUUUGUCCCGUGGUCGGGUGCAGGGUCAAUCUGCUGGAGACGUGUCCGGAGGUGUUGAAGCUGAGGUCGGAGCCGGGACAGGGUCCGGUGGUGGGUUGUAAGAGUGGGUGCGAAGCCUUUGGUACGGACGAGCUUUGUUGCAGGAACCAUUACAAUAGUCCUCAAACGUGUAAGCCUUCGGGUUAUUCCCAGUUUUUCAAGCAGGCUUGCCCCGCGACGUUUACGUAUGCCCAUGACAGCCCUUCGCUCAUGCACGACUGUUCUUCGCCACGUGAACUUAAGGUUAUAUUCUGCCAUUAACUACAAAGCAAACAAAGAUGAAGGAACCAAACUUACGUUAAUUUCUAGUUAUACACACAUAUAAAUGUCGGGUGUUGUAUGUUUGUACGUUGGUUUGAAGAAUCACUGGUGUUGAACUGUAAUAGUCAAGGUAUGCUUAGGUUUGAGAUGAAAUACAUGUAGCUUUGUUGGGUUUCUUCUUUUCUAAUUUCGGUUCAUUGUAUUUGUGUCUUUUAUAAGUAAUACAGGCUCAAAAGAUUAGCAUGAA